AUGGGAGCCCGGGGCCUGCCCUCAGUCCUGGAGCCUUUCACACAUCUUGCUCCCUACCUCUCCAAUUACUUCCACUGUCCUCCUGCAACAAAGACCCAACUGACUGCCCUCUCCUUCCCAGACCCUAUCAGUGUGGAUCCACCUGAGAUUUCCCUUUGCUAUCUCUCCAGCAUCUAUGGAAAUGAAGUGUCUUCAACUAUCACCUCCACUGCUGCCUCGUUUUACUCCCUCCAUCACCACCACCUCCACUCUCUGGAUGGUCCUCUGCCGGAUGAGACACUGCUGUGUGGAGGUUGCCAGCCAACAAGGCAUGGAUUGCUCCCAAACAGAAGUGGUAAUGAGUUCCUAAGCAGCCUUGCGGUUUCAGACACAGAGACGCUGGAGCACAGCGGGCCAGUUUGGUCAGCUGCAGGGAACCGAGGCACAGAGAGAAUGGUCAGGCCAGGCUGUCCAGUCAUUCUGAUCCACCUCUUCACCAUCUUUGUACAAACAGGAGGUAGUACUCAGGACAUCAUGUAUCCGUAUGGACCCGGCCAUAGGGAUCUAGAGACCCCCAAGAUGGAUGAUGGGAGUUCUCCUGAAGUUAUUUUGCUCAUGCCCUUCGUUUUCUUCAAUAUCCCCUACCGUUCCAUCUAUGUCAACAACAACGGUGUGGUCUCCUUCAACGUGCAGGUUAGCCAGUUCACACCAGAGGCUUUUCCCCUGAGUGACAGCAGAUCAUUCAUUGCUCCACUUUGGGCAGAUGUGCACAACGGCAUCCGUGGAGAUGUGUACUACAGAGAGUCCAUUGAACCGGAAAUACUGGAAAGGGCAACACAAGAUGUCCGGAAAUACUUCAAAAACAUGCCCACCUUCACAGCCACCUGGGUCUUUAUUGCAACGUGGCACCAAGUCACCUUCUACGGAGGAAGCCAGACAACCCCGGUGAACACAUUCCAAAGUGUACUAAUCUCAGAUGGCGUGGCGUCCUUCAGUAUGUUCAACUACGGAGAAAUCACAUGGAGCACAGGAACAGCCAGUGGUGGAGAUCCUUUAACAGGACUGGGUGGGACGACAGCUCAGUCAGGUUUUAACGGUGGAGACAUUGGUCACUUCUUCAAUCUGCCGGGAUCACGGUCAAAUGAUGUAGUGAACAUUGAACAGACAACCAAUGUAAAUAUCCCUGGGCGCUGGUUCUUCCGCAUAGACACCGAACUGAUAGAUCCUGCCAAUGGCUGCAGCUACAAUGGACGUUAUUACAGACGAGGGGAAAUCUUUUGGCUGUCUGACCAGUGUUCACAGCGAUGCCGCUGCCUGGACAUUGACAACGAGGUGCACUGCCAAGAGGCUCCGUGCGGGCAGCUGGAGACCUGCGAGCAGCAGGAAGGGGCUUUUUACUGCCAGCCGACCCGCACCAGCACUUGUGUGGUAUUUGGUGACCCUCAUUACCACACCUUCGAUGGCUUCCUCUAUCACUUCCAAGGAACCUGCUCCUACCUGCUGGCUCGGCCUUGCUGGGAGGUUGCGGGGUUGCCAUUCUUCAGCGUGGAGGCCAAAAAUGAGAACCGUGGGGUCGCUUCUGUUUCUUGGCUUAGAGAUGUCACAGUGGAGGUGUAUGGUCACAGAGUCAUGUUACCCAAAGGCAGUCUUGGAACAGCCCAGGUGGAUGGCUUGAUGAAGACUUUACCGGUCCAACUAGAGCUCGGUGCUGUCAAGGUGUACCAGUCUGGAGUUGCAGUUGCUUUAGAAACAGACUUUGGACUCUUGGUAACCUAUGACGGCCAACACUACGCAUCCAUCUCCCUACCCAGCUCCUACUUCAACAACACUUGUGGCCUUUGCGGUAACUAUAACGAUGACCCCGCUGAUGACCCUGUGCUUCCUGACGGCUCUCUAGCUGAAAGCGUAGUGGAGUUAGGGGGCAGCUGGCGUGCAGAGGACACAGACUGGAGGUGUACAGAUGGCUGCGCCCAGAACUGCAGCGUGUGUGACCCUCUUACAGAAGCCUUCUAUUUUCGCUCAGACUACUGCGGGCUCAUCAACAAAACUGACGGACCUUUUAGGGACUGCAGAGCCGUAGUGGACCCUACAGCCUUUGUGUAUAGCUGUGUGUAUGACAUGUGCAGCAACAGGGAUAAUAUCACCACACUCUGCCAGGCCAUCCAGGCCUAUGCUCUGGCCUGUCAGGCCCUGGGUGUCACCAUACGACCCUGGAGAUCUCGCACCUUCUGCGCUUUGACAUGUCCGGAGUUCAGCCACUACCAAGUAUGCACAAGUGCCUGCCCAGCCUCCUGCUCGGACCUCACUGCUCCCCUGUAUUGUGCUCACCCUUGCACUGAGGGCUGCCAGUGUAACCAAGGCUAUGUUCUCAGCGGCAGUCGUUGUGUACAGCGUGAAGACUGUGGCUGUGAGCAUAACGGCCUGUAUUACCCCCUUAAUAACACUUUCUGGGCAGGCCCCAGCGGUGAAGAAGGUGAAUGUACCCUCCGCUGCAACUGUGGGCCUGCUGGGGAAGUCUCUUGUUUCAACGAGUCCUGCAAGGAGGGGGAGGUGUGUGUGGCAGAGGUGGGCUUGCUGGGUUGCUACCCUCGGAGGGAGGGAGUGUGCUCAAUCACCCAGAACUCAGUCACAUCCUCCUUUGAUGGCACCUUCCUGAUGUUCCCAGAUGACAGCUCCUACUACUUGCUAAAGCUGUGUGGUCCAGUGCCAGCUAAUGGCUCAGUAGUAGAGGUGAAGAUGGGUAGGCGGAUGAUGAACAAAGGCCCCUCAUGGAAAAGACCUGUGGUUGUUACAGUGGCUAACCUAGAAGCUCAGAUGGGAGGGACAGAUUUUGAUACAGUAAAGGUGAAUGGUGAACCAGUGGGGCUUCCAUAUGUCCAUCCAAUGGAGACAAUGAUGAUCUACAGAGCACCGGGCAAUGCUACAGUGGUGGAGUCCCGUGGUUUGCUUCGUGUCCACUACACACGCCAGGGAUCCCUCAACAUCUCCCUCUCCACCAUCUUCUACAAUGUUACAUGCGGUCUAUGUGGCGUCUUCAAUAGUAACUCCACUGAUGACCUUCGCCUUCCAAAUGGACGCCUGGCAGAGUCUACUGAACAGUUCACAGAUGGCUGGCGGUCCAUUGCUGACGACCUCACCUGUAAUGGUGACUGUGAUGACCUGUAUCGAAUGUGCACGGACUUGCGUCUCUACCAGAGUCCUUGGAUGUGUGGCAACAUCAAUGACCCGGGGAAUAGUUCAUUUCUGGCCUGUCAUGCAGUGGUCAACCCCUCACCAUUCUUCAGGAACUGCUUGUAUAACAUGUGUGUAAGGGAAGGGAAUCGUUCAGCCCUGUGUUCUUCGCUGCAGGCUUAUGCCACCGCGUGUCAGGAUGCUCAAGUAGGCCUCGCUUCCUGGAGGAGUGCCACCAACUGUCCUCUUCCCUGUCCAGAGAACAGUCAUUUUGAUGAGUGCACCAGCGCCUGCCCUCUGACCUGUGCCAACUUGGAUGAACCUGACGAGCCAUGCCCUCUGCCAUGCCAAGAGGGGUGUCAGUGCGAGGAAGGCUUUGCGCUGCGCGACGGCCUGUGUGUGGCACGCAGUGAUUGUGGCUGCAUGAGCCACGGGCGCCAGCUGGCCACUAAUCAGACUUUCUGGACAGACUGGGAGUGCCAGGAGCGCUGCUACUGCAAUGGCUCUGACAACAGUGUAUACUGUCAGCUCGCACCCUGUCACCCUGAGGAGUACUGCCAGGAGAAUGAAGGCCUGUAUUUCUGCCAGCCGCGCACUGAGGCCCUGUGUGUAGCGGCUGGUUAUGGACAUUUUCUGCCGUUUGGUGGCGUACCAUUUGAGCUGCAGAGCUCUUGUACUCUUAGGAUGGCCACCACCAACUGUGGGAGAGAGAGCAGGGACCCCCCAACCAUCUCUCGAGCUUUCCCUCAAUUUAAACUGGCCGCUCGUAAUGAGGAAAGGGACACAGGCCAGGCAAUUUGGGUGAGGGGGUUUGUACUUGAGGUGUACGAGUAUGAGAUUGAAGUGUCUCGAAGCUACAAAAACACUGUCACGGUGAAUAAGGAGCGUUUGUACCUUCCUCUGAAGCUGGGCCCUGGGAAGGUCAACAUCUUCAACUUGGGCAUGCAGCUCAUACUGGAGACAGAUUUUGGCCUGAAGGUGGCCUUUGACUGGAACACUUUGCUACUGUUGACUUUGCCCCGCGACCUCUACAACGCCUCCUGCGGCCUCUGCCAGGGCGUGCCCUUAUCCCCACCCACCCUCUCCACGACUGACUGGGGCAUGGCCUGGGCAGAGAGGGACACCUUCUGCCAGGUGGGCUGCGGAGACUCCUGCCCACGCUGUGGCCUGGGAGAGAAAAGCGUGCUAAAUGACGUCCCUCUCAUGGUGGCUGAUGCCAACACAAACAUCGGCACAGACGACGGAGCAAAUGAAGUCAACACGGGCAUUCGUUUCCACAUGGGAGAUGGACUGUAUGUCUUUGUGGAGCCUGAGGCAGUGAGGCUGUGUGGCCUAAUUGUGGAUCGAGGAGGUGUGUUUGCGCGUUGUCACAGUAAGGUGGCGCCAGCGUUCUUUUAUCAAAGCUGCCUGCAAGACACCUGUAUGGACCAGGGAGCUCAGGAUACAGUCUGUAACUGGCUGCAGAUAUAUGCCAGCACCUGUCAGACCCAAGGAGUGCCUGUUACCGGCUGGAGGAGUGACACACCGUGUGUCCAGAGCUGUCCACCUAACAGCCAUUACUCCAGUUGUGUGUCGGUUUGCCCGCCCCAGUGCGCCCCAGCCCGCGGCCAGAGGGACUGCAGCCAGGACUGUGUGGAGGGCUGCCAGUGUGACCAGGGCUACGUGCUCAAUGGCAAGAACUGCAUCCUGCCUCAAAACUGUGGCUGCUACACUGAUGGCAAGUACUAUGAGCCCAAACAGCUGUUCUGGAACAGUGACUGUACCAAACGCUGCCAGUGCAUUGGACGGAACCUGAUCCAGUGCGACCCAAGGCGCUGUAAGGCAGAGGAAGAGUGCACCCUCCGGUAUGGCGUGCGAGGCUGCUUUGCGCGGCGAUCCCAGCACUGUGUGGCCUCUGGCGGUGGGGUUUUCAGGACCUUUGAUGGUGCAUCGCUGCGACUCCCGGCCUCCUGCUCCUUUGUCUUGUCCACAAACUGUCACAAGCUGCCUGACCUCUCCUUCCAGCUCAUUGCUAACUUUGAUAAAUGGAGCACACCCAACCUCACCACCAUCUCUCAUGUCUACCUUUACAUCAAUGAGGAGAACAUACUUAUAUCUGGCAGCACUGUCAAGGUCAAUGGUACACCAGUAUCAGUACCAUUUCUAACUGGGCUGAUGACACGUCUGUCCUCAUCCGAAGGUUUCAUAGUCAUCGACACACCCCAGGACAUCCAGGUCCGAUACAACCACUUUAACACCCUUAGCAUCACAAUGGGCCAGCGGCUUCAGAACAAGGUGUGUGGUCUCUGUGGGAAUUUCAACGGGGAUCCCAGUGACGACUACAUCACCUCCAGGGGCAAACCGGCUGUUAGCGCGCUGGAGCUGGCCCAGAGCUGGAAGACCAACGGUAUGCAGAACAGCUGUGAUGAAACCCAGUACGUGGCUCUGGCUCAGUCCUGUGACAACUCAGCGGUGGUGGCGCUGCAAGGUGAAGAUGCCUGUCAGAAACUCACCCAGCUGAAGGGCUUCUUCCAGCCUUGCCACGGCCUGCUGGAUCCCCGGCCCUUCUACCAGUCCUGCUACCUGGACGGCUGCUACAAUCACCGCAAGGCUCAGGUCUGUGGCUCACUGGCAGCCUACGCAGAGGCCUGCCGCUCCCUGGGCACCCUCACCACCAAGUGGAUCACCCAAGAGAACUGCUCUGAACAUUGUGUUGUGGACGGUGUCUUUAGCAGAUGGAUCGGUGACGACCCCUGUGCAGGAGACGAAUUCUGCACAAAACUCUCACCUGUGAGCUUGGAGAACGGAGGCGACCUGUGUGGCUGUGGCGCAGAGUUAGCGCCACCACACUGGACUGGUGAGGAUGACCAUCAUCCUCAGGCGGAGGUGACUUCGAAUGGCACACACAUCAUGUAUAAGAACACUGUGUGGAUCGAGAGUGUCAACAACACCGGGAACGUCAUCACCAGAGACAAGACCAUCAAUGUGGAGUUUUCCUGCGCCUACGAGCUGGACCUGAAGAUCUCGCUGGAGACCGUCCUCAAGCCCAUGCUCAGCGUGAUAAACCUCACCUUACCGACCCAGGAAGGAAACUUCAUCACCAAGAUGGCUCUAUAUAAGAACUCCUCGUACCGCCAUCCAUACAGGGAGGGGGAGGUGGUGCUCAGCACGCGGGACAUCCUCUUCGUGGGCGUCUUUGUGGAGGGGGCAGAUGAAAACCAGCUCAUCCUCAUAGUUAACAUGUGCUGGGCCACGCCAACCCGCUACAGUAGCGACCGACUCCGCUACAUCAUCAUAGAGCGAGGGUGUCCCAACAUUAAGGACAACACCAUCGGCAUGGCGGAGAACGGCGUGUCGCUCACCUGUCGCUUCCACGUCACCGUCUUCAAGUUCAUCGGGGAUUACGAUGAGGUCCACCUCCACUGUGACGUUUCCCUGUGCGACUCCGAGACCAACGCCUGCAAAGUGAACUGUCCACACAAGAGAAGAAUGUACUCGGAGGACAGCGACCACAAAGAGCACAUACUGAGUGUGGGACCCAUAAGAAGGAGAGAGUCCGACUGGUGCGAGGAUAGCAACGGAGGCUGCGAGCAGAUCUGCACCAGUAAGAUGGCCGGACCGGUCUGCAGUUGUGUGACUGGGAUGCUGCAGCGAGAUGGGAAAAGCUGCCGGACUGUGAGCUCGAGCUGUAACCUGACGCCUGCGGUUUCUCUGCUGAGCGUCAGCGCUGUGAUCUCCAUGCUCCUGGCUCGUAUUCAUACUCUCCUCUCCUAA